AGUGAAAGAAUUAACCUAAAAAAUGCAUGCUGCCUGAUCGUGAAUUAUUUUCAAAAAGCAUGUGUAUUGAGGAAAGUUAUUGAUUAAAACCUCUUUUCAUAAUAAGAGUAUGUCCAGAAUAUAUAAACAAUGGAAGAUUUAAAUAAUAAACUAAAUUCUGGAGAUCCCGUGGUGGUCGCACAAACCGUUUCCAAACUAGUCCAAAUCAUCAAAAAUAAAAAAGAAAAUGAUAUUUUAGAUGUAGCAGAAUUUAAAUUCUUGAAAGAAAAGUGUUUCAGUAGCAGCAGUGCCAUAAAUGUAGUAGCAGCAGAGGGAAUUUUGAAUAUAGUGCGGGCUGGUGAUUGUGCCCUUGUGAAAUCUAUAAUUACAGAUUUGAUCUCAGUUAUUACAACCACCAAAUGUUCAUCAGAUGUAGCGUUUUUAAUAAAUAGUUUACUAUUAGUGGAUUUAGAAAAAGAAAUGUCAUUAAAUAAUUCUUACAAAUCAAAUUUCAAUUUGCGAUUGCCUCAACACCCAUUCAUAAUAAUGUUAAACGAAGAUAUUAGUUAUUGGUCUUCGGUAUUUAGGGAAAUUAUGUUGUCAUACCGAACCGCCGACACAAGUGUCAUCUCUUACUACAACGAGCUGUACAAACCGGUAUUUUUAUACACGUUGUGCCACCCUGAUGGAAACCACAUGUUAACAUUUAAACAAAAAUUGUGGAGUUUUCUUAUACAAAAAGAAGCGGUUUUUAGAAAUGAUAGCAAUCUUGUUAACACAGUGUUGUCAUGGAUGCAGUUAGAAAGUAGAGAUGCUAUACAAGUCAACAGCGAUUUUUUAAUUGAAUUAUCGGAAUUAAAUAGACAAAAAUGUAUUAUUGAUCCAGACUUAUUACUUUUGUGGCAAAUUUCUGCGAUAUAUCAGCUCAUUUUAAAUAAUUUCGAUCCAAGAACCAUGAUGUUCUGUGCCAUGAAUUCAUUAGAAAAUGUAAAUAAUAAAAUCAUUUUAAAUCCAAUUUUACUGACACUCGCAAAGUGCAUGUCAUCAUGUCCAUCAGUGUAUUUGUUACAUUUGUUAAAACUGAGUAAAGUAAUAAUUUCAAAAGCAGAAUGUGAUGCAGUCACGAAAAAUAUUUUUAAAUCCUCACUUUUACAGUGGAUAACAAACCCUUCUGAUUUAAUAGGAGAUAGUAUUUUAUACGCAAAUAACUUAUUUUCGCUUUUACAAAAACAAAGUGAAGAAAGUCGCACCCGUCUAAAGGGGUUUUUACAAUUUAUUCAAAAUUCGCAAGAACUAAUAAGUACAAAUAGCGAAGUUUACUUUUCCAUCCAAAUGUACAUAUUACUUGAGAGUUGGAAAACUGAGAACGACAUAAUCAGCUGGCUUGAAAAACUUGAAAACGCACCUAUUUUUUUUAUCAUCAAAAUCUUUAAUUUUCUAACUGGUUUGUUUCUAACAGAGUUUGAACAAACAACCAUCACCAUAAGAGUGUUUGAUUUAAUUUUAAAGUGCGUUGAUUACAAUAAAACAUUGGCCUCGGAUGUCCUUACGGUGAUUCUUUUUAAAUUGACGAACGUAACUGAUUCAAAAAUACAUUAUCAGCUUCUAAAGGCUGUUCCAACAAUGGCAAUCACUAAAAGUAAUUUUCAAAAGAUUGUGGGUACAAUUCAAGCUUUGAAUAAAGGACGCAAUACGAUGAAAACAUUUAGUACAACACUAAUGUUAGAUUUAUGGAAGAUUGAUAGUAAAUGUUAUCCAUACUUGGAAAAUUUUUUGAUCGCUCCGUAUAACAAUCAGGGUGAUAGGUGGGAGUUUUUUGUGACUAAAGCACACAUUUUGAAGGAGUUGUGUGCAAUGAAACCUGAACUUUAUGGAAAAGAGAUCGUGGCUCAUUUAUCCAAGAUCUUAAACGAAUGCAACAACGCUGAUGGUGCUACAGCGUGUGCUUUAGCAAUUGAUGGAAUAACUUUACUUUGUAAGUCAGAAAUCAUUGACGCUGUAACAACAUGGGCCACUCUUGAGCCAAUGUUUAAGUCUGAAAAUAGAGUUCCUGUAAUAAAAAGUCUGUGUCUACUGAUGGCCGAAAUCCCGUCACUGUCGUACUCCGAAGCUUACCCUAAACUCACAGAGGAUGUUGUUGCCAAAUUAUGGGAAUAUUUAUUGCUAAAUCCAAGCGACGAAGUUUGGACCGCCACAUUAAGCGCCCUUACGAACUUCUCCACAGACCAAAUCGUAGCACAAAUGCCUGAAGAAUUUUUCGACGAAGAAACUUUAAACACUAGGAGAACGGGGCACGUCGUACCUGGUCAUUGUUGGGUCCGUUUUUUGAAAAAUUGCGCCGCAUCAAAAUUAAAAAUAGCCGGCGAUUUCCUUAUUAAAUUAAUGUCAAUCGAAAUUUCAAACUACCUGAAAUUCGUGUAUCAAGUUAAAGGGACGAGAGAGCCUGCGGAUUAUUCAUAUUUACCUGUAAAUAGUGUCGUGAGAGGAAUAUCCACGUACAUCAAGUCAAAAAUGUUAAAAUGGAAAGGCAGUACUAAUAAAGAAGUAUAUUUGCAAUGUUUGCGCACCUUUAGCCAAAAAUAUAGCAAGCCUCUGCCGCCUCUAGACUGGUGUUUCCUUCAAGAACUAUUCCACGAGCCCGAAGCGAAAAAUUGUUGUAUAAACAUUGCAGCUCAUCAGGUUGUUUUGUCAGGCACCGCGAGAAGGUUUAUUGUAAAUUAUAUAGAAGCGUUGGUGCAAGAUCACACAAAUGAAAAUGAUGUUUUACUAAUUUAUUGUAAUUUGAAACAUCUGGCUAAUAGUGUGCAGCCGUUCACAUUGAAACCGUUUUUGGAAGGCACUAUUUAUAAUGCAGUUGAGCUUUUUAAAAAUGGAAAUGAAGAAGUGUUAAACAACAUUUUGGUACAUGUGAAGCAUACUUUGAAGGACGAAGACAUUCAGGAGGCGAAUAAAUUGGUUAUUGCUCAAAUUAUCAGCGAUGUUUUUAACGAAAGUGAUAACUCGUCAAAAUUGUUCCAACUACUCCUCGAAUGCGUUAUCCUAUUUCCAACACAAUGCAUUAAUGACAUGAGUUCACCAAAGUCUGUUAAAGAAAUCGGUACAGAGUGGUUUAAAAGAGCCGUCAUAAUACGUUGUUACCUCGCAAUAAAUAGCAGUAACGCACCCUUAAAUGUAUUGAACGGGCUAAUGGAAAGUGGCAGCUCUUUUACUGAAUCUAUUCCAUUUAUCUUCGAACAAUUCGCUGCAGUUUUUGAAAAACACAAAAAUAACACAGACUGCGUUUUAUGGGUGCUUGAAUUGAUUGGACAAAUCCAAGCAAUCACGGUUGAAAAAUCCGAACAAAAAGAAAUCUUUUUUCUGUGUAACGUUUUUAUACUAGCAGUAGUCGUAUUUUCUGGACACUCCGUUUUUCUAAAAGACUUUUCAGAUUGUGAAGCAAUGUACAAAUUAUUUCCCCGAGCCAUUGCAACAUUGUUAGAUGUGAACCACUGGAGCAUAUGUACAACUCAGGCACUGGAGUGGUUUUAUCACAUGUACACUGAGAAAAUGUUCCACAAGGAAUACAGAAACAUGUUCGCCCAAUGCUUGCAAGCACUAAGGCAUGAAACAGAGUUCCACAAGAACAUGAAAUGGACCAAAUACUUAAACUCUGAAUGUUAAUUUUUUUAAAGAAAUAUUUAUUUUCAAAUUUGAAUCAGACUUUACAAUAACUACACUACAUGAAUGAUAAAAUUUUUACUUUCUGAAACUAAAUAAUUUAACUAUUGGCUAAGCGUACAGUUAGUAGUAGGCCCAAGAUGAACCUUUUUCUAUUGCUAUUUGGUAUAAAAAUUCAACAUCAUACAGAUGUUUCAUUGUCAGCAAGUGGCGGAACAGUCAGCGAUGUCGGUCUGGAAUCGAUACGUUCAGAGACGCUCAAAAUUUCUUCCUCAACCACAUAAUUAGGAGGUAAAGGAUGUAAUCUUGUUGGGUCUAAUAAAUUUCUAUUUUUUU